ACAUCUCCAAAGCCAAAAAAAAAAAAAAAAAGGCCACACUGUUGUCCCCAACCUGCCUCUACUCUACUUCAUCCAUCUCUCAUCAACUCCUACUAUUUCUUCUUCUUCCUGAGCUGACCUGACCUGACCUGGCAUAGCUGCAGGAGGGGAGGUGAGCAAGAACCAAACCCCAAUCUCACCUCACCUGCACAGAUCCCAGGCGGCAGCAGCAGCCGCAGGGACAGAAAGAACUUGAGCCGGUCGGUCGGUCGAUCGAACGAACGAUGGAUUUGAACAGGACGGGUUGAUGGGGCUGGAUCGAUCCGGCACGGCCGCGCAAGAACCGUAAUGAUGGGGACAGAGUGCAUUACCGCUACACUCAACGAGGACAAUGAACCCUCAAUUCCACCUGGAUUUGGACCUUUUGCUGCCCUUCCACUAUGGGAAAUCCACACUGAUGCCAAACCUGCUGAUACUCACUCUACUUCUGUUCAAGCAAUACAAGGCAUCAGAACAGAAAGUGAAGAAUUUCAAUCCAGUUCAGCCGCAUCUCGGAGUGACACGCCUUGCAGUACUUCUGUAAGCCAGACAUGUAGAAAAUCACUGCGUAACAGACCCCCAAUAGACUAUAGCCGCUUUGAACAUAUAUCAGAUGAAGAUUCUGAUGUUGAAAUAGUGGAAAAGGAUGUAAGUUCAACGAGACGCAGACAACUACCAAAAGGAGUACUUCGAGGAUGCGCAGAAUGCAGUGACUGUCAAAAGGUUAUUGCAAAAUGGAAUCCUGCUGGUGCACGCAGGCCUGUUCUUGAUGAGGCUCCUGUUUUCUAUCCAACAGAGGAGGAAUUUGAAGACACUCUAAAAUACAUUGAGAGUAUACGGCCAAUGGCGGAACCAUAUGGUAUUUGUCGUAUUGUCCCACCAUCUUCAUGGAAGCCUCCAUGUCUUCUUAAAGAUAAGAGUAUAUGGGAAGGCUCUAAAUUUUCUACUCGGGUACAAAAGGUUGACAAGCUCCAAAACCGUAAAUCAUCAAAAAAGAGCAAAAGAGGCGGAAUGAUGAAGCGAAGAAAGCUUUCAAAGCCAGAAGAGGACAGUGCCAUUGGUGACACUCAGAUUGGGAUGCAGCAAAACCCAGAGAGAUUUGGAUUUGAACCUGGGCCAGAGUUCACAUUACAGACAUUUCAGAAAUACGCAGAUGAUUUCAGCAAGCAGUAUUUUAGGAAAGAUACAUCGAUGGAUUCAGUACCAUCAGUGGAAGAGAUUGAAGGCGAGUACUGGCGCAUAGUUGAGAGGCCCACAGAAGAGAUAGAGGUGAUAUAUGGUGCUGAUCUGGAGACUGGAACUUUCAGCAGCGGCUUCCCAAAGUUAUCUCCUGAGACAAAAUCUGAUGUUGAGGAUAAAUAUGCACAGUCUGGUUGGAAUCUAAAUAACUUGCCUAGACUGCAAGGUUCAGUUCUUUCUUUUGAGGGCGGUGACAUUUCUGGUGUUUUAGUGCCUUGGGUGUAUGUUGGCAUGUGUUUUUCAUCAUUCUGCUGGCAUGUGGAAGAUCAUCACUUAUACUCGCUAAACUACAUGCAUUGGGGUGCCCCAAAGAUGUGGUAUGGGGUCCCAGGAAAGGAUGCCGUGAAUUUGGAAUCUUCAAUGAGGAAACAUCUACCUGACUUAUUUGAGGAGCAGCCUGAUUUGCUACACAACCUGGUUACCCAGUUUUCACCAUCACUACUGAAAUCUGAAGGAGUACAAGUAUACCGAUGUGUUCAGCAUGAGGGCGAGUUUGUCUUGACAUUCCCAAGGGCCUAUCAUGCUGGUUUCAAUUGUGGCUUCAAUUGUGCCGAAGCUGUUAAUGUGGCUCCUAUUGAUUGGUUGCCAAUUGGACAGAAUGCUGUAGAGCUUUAUCGUGAACAAGCUAGGAAAAUAACUAUUUCUCAUGAUAAGUUAUUGUUAGGGGCUGCAAGAGAAGCAAUAAGAGCUCAGUGGGAUAUCCUAUUCCUCAAGAGGAAUACUGCUGACAACGUGAGGUGGAAGAGUAUAUGUGGAGCUGAUAGCACUAUAUGCAAGGCUCUUAAGGCACGAAUUGAGACAGAGCUGGCACAAAGGAAAACUUUAAGCUUUACAUCUCAAUCCAGGAAAAUGGAUGCUGAGUUUGAUUCCAUUGAUAGGGAAUGUGCUUUGUGCUACUACGAUUUACAUCUUUCUGCUUCUGGCUGUUCAUGUUGCCCAGAGAAAUAUGCUUGCCUUGCACAUGUGAAGCAACUUUGCUCAUGUGACUGGGAGAAAAGGUUUUUCCUAUUCCGCUAUGAUGUCAAUGAGCUAAAUAUCUUAGCUGAUGCUUUAGGGGGGAAAUUAAGUGCCAUCCAUAGAUGGGGUGUCUCUGAUCUUGGAUUAAGUUUGAGCUCAUGUGUCAAACGAGAAAAGGUUCAAGAUUCCAAAACUGUUCGCAGAAUAACUGAUGGUCCAAGAAGGUCAUACAUGUCACAGGCAUCAGCAGUAUCCUUGGUUCCCUCUUUUGCUUGCAACGAACAGAAAGAUGAAGGAAACAAGAUCACGGAGAUAGCUAGCCCGCAGACAAUAAAUGUGUGCCCUUCUGCGGAGGAAAUGAAAUCAGAGAAUAUUUCAACAUUAAAGGAGCCAGGUGUAAGAAAUGAGUUACCCUGUACAGCAAAUUCUGAUACUAACAGUUUGCAAUAUAAUGGAGGACAUGGAGGCCAUCAAGGAUCUGCACCAGGCUUGUCGGUUUCUUCUAGCCAAUCAUUCCCUUCCAAUGGCACAGCAAGGCUGUUUAGUACUUCAAGUGCAUCCAUGAAAAUUGUGCAAGGCUUGGUGGCAUCUAAAGGUUGUAUACAACCUUCCUCUCGAACUGGAGAUGGUAGACCAUUGCUUGGUGGGCUUCAAAAUAGAUCAACCACAACGAUUCAUGAUGGAACCAGCAUGAAGUCUAGUUUGGAAAGCUCAAACAGUUCUCAUAGGUUGAUGGCAUCUGACUACAAUGCACAUUGUCAUUCAUCCAGGGAUCAGGUCUCAGUAACACCAGGGACUAAUGCAUCAGUUAUGACUCUGAAAGAUGGCAGCCAGGUCCAUACCGUGUCAAGUCAGCAGUUUGUCAGAACUGGCCCAUGGACGCAAAGUGCUUCUCAUGGAACAUCACCUAGUGCCUCUGCUCCAAAGCCUUUUAUAGAUCUUCCUGCUGUGAAAGAUCCAUAUGGGGGUUUUACUCAAGGCAAUGCUCAUCUUGGACCCCCAUGUUCUGGUAAUCAGCAACCAAACGAUGGACGUUUUCAAAGAACAUCUGAACCUCUACCAGGUGUGGAAGCUAGAGCUAGGGGACAUCCAACUGUCAUGGCACAGCCUGCACUAGAAAUUCAUGGCAGGAAUGGAGGUGCACAGAAGGGUCCUCGUGUAGCCAAUGUUGUGCGCCGUUUCAAGUGUUCUGUUGAACCUCUGGAAAUUGGUGUUGUGCUGUCAGGGAGGGGGUGGUCUUCAAGCCAAGCAAUCUUCCCUAAAGGGUUUAGAAGCAGAGUAAAGUACUUCAGCAUUGUGGAUCCAAUCCAAAUGGCAUACUACAUAUCUGAAAUAUUGGAUGCUGGGAUGCAGGGGCCUCUGUUUAUGGUAACAUUAGAGAACUGUCCAGGUGAAGUUUUCAUUAAUUUAUCUCCAACCAAAUGCUGGAACAUGGUCCGUGAAAGGCUGAACAUGGAAAUAAGGAGGCAACUUAAUAUGGAAAGACAAAACCUUCCUGCAUUGCAGCCUCCAGGAUCAAUUGAUGGUAUUGAAAUGUUUGGGUUAUUAUCACCUCCGAUAGUUCAGGCAAUUGAGGCACGGGAUAGAGAUCGCGUCUGCACAGAGUACUGGAGAUCAAGGCCACAUGCUGUCAUUGAGGAUCCAAACAAUCGGCAUAUGUUACCCCAGGUUCCAUCUCACCUUGCCCUGAGGGGCCUCAUCCAGAGGGCUAACCGGGAUGAAUUGCAAGUCCUGCGGAGUUUGAUGAUGAACAAUAAUAACAUGGAUGAUAACUCUAGGCAACAGGCUGCUCACAUGAUCGAAGAGGAGAUUGCAAAACAAUGGAACUAACAAGGGUAAAUACCAGCUGGGUGAUGUUGUACUUUAGAUGGCAUGAAAUUUUUCUGACGGCGUUAAGCAGUUGUAAAACUGAGGCUUUGCUUCUCCCGUUGCCUUCAUGCCCAUUCUUUCCAUUCUUGUUUUGUGUCAUACCAUAAGAUCUGCGGUUCAGGUGACUGAUGGUUCAAUGACUGACUUGUGUACAUACAGGUGUGUCCCUAAAUGCUAGCCAACUGUCUCAUACUUUGUCAAAGCUCAUGUUGUGAUCAUCUGGUCUAGUUGAGUAGGUUUGCUUCUAGUUCAGAGAUCUCUUUGGACAGUCUAAUAGCUGUCCCUUGUUAGAUGUAUCUGUAAUUCAUUGUAACAGUGAUUUGGUGAUGCUGCUAGCCUGCUAGCGGGCACUCAAGUUAUUCUGUUCCUUCAUGUGUUACAUUAUGGCUAUGAAGCAGCCACAUUCAAUCCAA